AUGUCACAAGCUGAUCUUGGUCCAGCCCUAGAGAGGGGGAUUUGGGCCGCCGUAGUCAUUGCUGCGGUGAUCGUUAUUUUACGCGUCUUUGCCAAAAUCAAGAUCAAAAGGUUUGGCGUCGAUGAUGGACUGAUGAUCCUCGCCGAGAUUUUGGCAAUCGUAUCAACAGUAUUCUUGACAUUGUCAGUUAAGCAUGGGUUCGGCAAGAAUCUUAGCACACUAUUACCAAAUGACAAGAAAGCGGUCUUGAAGAACAUCGCAAUCCAAGUUCCUCUUGUCACCUUCAGCACCACCUUCGCCCGCUCCGCAUUUAUUCUCUACAUCCUCCCCCUAGUCGGAACCAACAAAUACUACCAGGUUGCGCUAUGGACUGUUUUGGCAAUACAGUUGGCCGGGAACAUUACAUCGGCCGUGCUACCGCUUAGCAUAUGUCGCGAUGUGGCCGCUCUAUGGGACCCAGCAGCCGCAGUUGCGACGACCUGCGGCGACUCACAUGCAGUAAUCAAAUUCGCCUACUACUCCAACACGUUCAACUCGGCCACUGAUCUGUUUCUGGCCGUCUUCCCCACUGUGGUUUUCUGGAACCUGAAUUUGAAACUACGCAUCAAGAUCAGUUUGAUCGUUCUGCUCAGCUUGGGUAUCGUUGCAAUGGUCGCAUCCAUUAUCAAAACAACCAAACUGAAAGACGUCCCCAGCAUCACCAAUACUGGAGCCAGCGGUGGCAUCGAACUAAUUCGCUGGGGAUACAUCGAAAACGUCAUCAUUAUCAUUACCUCCUCGAUCCCUUGCAUCCGCCCCUUGAUCAUCUCAUCCGUGCGCAAGAUAUCCAGCGGCAAAUAUUCCCGCUCCUACGAACUCAGUAUGCCCUUCAGUGGUCGCAAAUCUGGUGCCCCAAACGAAACGAAUCAGUCACGCCGAACGCGCAAGUUCAAGUCAGAUAUUGAGAACAAUAGCGUCGACCGCAUUCUGGAUCAAAAUCGGAGCACGCAUACUAGUACAUCUAUAGGAGGUGCACCGGAUUCUCCUACUUUCUCUACUCCCGGUAUCACGAAGCAGGUGGAGAUUUCGGUUACAUCAGAUGAUGGGCAACCUUUGAAAGAGAACAUUUUGAGAGAGCACAUGAGUGGUCUCUCACUAAGGAGUUAG